UUGGAAAUGAGUGAUUCGCGCGAGCUCGUUUCGGCUGUUUUUCACUUUUUGAACAACCAACUCGCCUCAAUGGCGAAGCAGACAUUGCUUCUCCAAACCCGUCUCUGUCCACGAUGAAGUUCUCGUCCAACGUCACGUCGUCGCGCCGCAAGAACCGGAAGGCUCACUUCACGGCCCCCUCACACAUCCGCCGCAAGCUGAUGUCGGCGCCGCUGUCGGCUGAGCUCCGUGCUGAGCACAACGUCCGCUCGAUGCCGGUCCGCCAGGGCGAUGAGGUCGAGGUCACCCGCGGCACCUACAAGGCGCACACCGGCAAGGUUGUGUCCGUGUACCGUAAGAAGUGGGUCAUUCACAUCGACCGCCUCACCAAGGCCGCUGCCAACGGCAAGACCCCGUUCGUGGGCAUCCACCCCUCCAACGUCAAGAUCGUCAAGCUCGAGAUGAACCGUGACCGCCAGGACAUCCUCAACCGCAAGGCUGCCGGCCGCACCGCCGCUCUCGAGAAGUCGAAGGGCAAGCUCGACCAGGAGUAA